UCAAAUGCCAACACAAGUCAAAUGAAAAAGGGAUACAUUUUUCAAUUCAACAAUAUUGGCUGUUGAAUUACACAUUAAAAUUGAUUUUCACUUCAGUUUACAUCCUUUCCAAGUCAUGUGUGAUGUGUAAAAUAAUAUUGUAGUGAGUUACUGUCGAGAAUUUCCUUUGGUAUUACUUUCUGCAACAACUUCUUGAUGGUAGUCAACAUGGACGGGCCUUCAGCAAAGAAAUCAACUUCGUUUGAGACUUUGGUGAUACAAACUAUAGAGAAUGUUUGUGAUUUGAAGGCAAAACUGAACGAAAUCAUUUGUUCCGGUAAAAAUUACGAAUACGACGUUUCAUCGUGCCUCAAGGCUUUGCUGAAGAGCAGCGAUCACGCUAUAGUGCAACUCACAGUCCAAGCGAUAUCAGAGCUGGCGAAAUGUGAAUUAAAACGCGAAACCUACUCCCAUAAGGAUGUUAUCGAACCAAUUUUGUCGAUAUUAAAUAAGGAGCUAACUGUAGAAAAUAUGGAGCUUCAUAAACAGUGUGUUAGAGCUUUGGGUAAUCUGUGCUUUGAUUGUGAUAAUUCUAGAAAAAUAUUACUGGAAUACAAUGGCGUUGCCACCUUGAAUAACAUAUUACAAAUCUCUGUGAAAGACACAAAGUUGUCAGUGGCCAAAAUUAAACUGUUUGUAUGUAAAAUCUUACUAAAUUAUGCCAUUGGUGGGUUUGAGUUCUCAGACUCCUUAGUCAAAGGAGGUGUAAUAGAGAACAUAAGAAAAAUAUUGUCUAUGGAAGCCCAAAAAGAAGUGAUGGAUAAUGAUUUGGUGUCAACAGCACUGUUAAUAUUGAGUGUGGCAAAUGACAAUGAUCCUGAGCUGCUGUAUGAGGAAGAAGUCAACCUGGAAGUGUUCCAUAUACUGAAAGAGACAUCUAAUGUAGAAGUGUCAGAGCUGUGCUUUGAGCAUUUGCACACUCAAGCUGAGCAUGAUUCAGUUAAAACUCUACUUGCUAAGGAGGGUGCCAUCAAGCUGGUAUGCCUGCGCCUAGAGCAGCUGGUUCAGAAGCAUGAAGCGGGCGACAUGAAUAUGGAAAAAUCUGAGAUUGACACUGUUGUGAAGCAUGCUUGUGACUUGAUCAUCAUGGUGUUGACGGGAGACGACGCCAUGGACAUAAUAUUCGCGGAGGGCUGCGGCGCGGUGUACGCGAGCGCGGUGUGCUGGCUGCGCUCCGCGAGCCGGCAGCUGCUGGCCACGGCGCUGCUGGCCGUCGGCAACUUCGCGCGCCGCGACGACUACUGCGCGCGCAUCAUGGGCGACGGCAUCUACGACAGACUGCUGAAUAUCUUCAAACAGUAUUACGAAUAUAGUUUGUCCCAAAAGGACAGCGACCAGAAUGCCAUAGACAGGUCCAUGGUAACCAAAAUCCAACAUGGAGCGCUGUCUGCCCUGAGGAACCUCACCGUGUCCGUGGCCAGCAAGAAGUUCGUCGCUGCACAAGGCAGGGCUGCGCCGAUUUUCAUAAACGCACUUCCUAAUGUCGAAGAUCACCAUGUGGCCUACAAACUUUUGGCGGCUUUGCGGAUGCUGCUCGAUGGACAAGAGGCCGUGGCGCGGCAGCUGGCGGGCGACGUGGCGGCGCUGCGGGGUGUGGCGCGCUGGGGCGGCGCGGGGGGUGCCGGCGCGGCGGCGGAGGCGCCCCGCCUCAUCGCCUGGACCGUGCGCCUGCUGCCGAGGGACGCCGUGCUCAAGAACCUUCUGCAGGCGGAAGGCUGUAUAUCUUGUCUAGUGAACAUGCUAGUGGCAUCUCACUCCGUCAUGCAGAACGAAGCUAUCCUCGCUCUCACUCUCCUCGCCGUCGCACCGUUCAACGAACAAAGUGACACCGACGAAACAGAAAUGGACUUUAACUCCCAGUUAAUUAAGUCAGAAAUCGGUAAGCACAUAUCUGUACUAAUUGAAACCAAUUGCGCCAAAAUGCCCAUACAAGUUGCCGAAAACUUAAUCGCAUUUCUCGAUAUAACCUCCAAAGAUAACACAUUAGUAUCGGAUUACAAAGAUUCCAAAGUGAACGAAGCUCUGCAGAAGUUUGUAGAAGCUAGAAAGGAUCUUAGCGAUGACUUGAAAGCGUGUAUCGGUAAAAUUAUUAAGAUUGUUUCAGAUAAUAAUAAGGAAUAAGGGACACUUGAAGACCUUUUUUUUUGAGUUUUUAAUGAUUGAGCAUGAUAAUGAUCUAAAAAUUAUUUCAUUAUCUCAGUUGAGAAACAAAGAAAAAACUUUAUAUGUGGGUGCAACAUCCUUUUUCUCAAAGUCUCUUUUUUAAUAAGAGAAAAGGCCACCAACAAUGAUAUCCCACUAUAAGAUUAUAAUAUAAUUGUCAAAGAAGUUUUACUUCUACAACAAUAUUCUAAUUUAUUAUUUAAUCUCGAUAGAUUAAUGAAUCUAUUAAUGUGCCAUAAUAAGAUAGGUCCCACCGAAAUUUACUUAGACUGACGAAAACUAUUUGGUCAGUCUGGACUUGAUUUUGACAAAAUAAUCAUAAAAAGAAAAAAACCUUGUUUAUGUCUCUUACAUUUCCCAUAAUAUACUUUCAAAUAAAACUGCAAUAGAGACUUUAAAAAAGUAUUAGCAGGAAAAACGUAAUUUUACUUUCAUGAUCUCUCUAAAGCUUUUUACUAUAUCUUAUGUUGGGUAUGUUGUGGAAAAGAUUGAUAACAAAGAACGACACAACCGGAAAUAAUAACCCGCCUAAUUCAAUUUCUGAUAAGUUUCUUUAUAAUGUCAAACGGGGAAAAUAAACUCUAAAAUCCAUUGUCCAAUCCAAAUGUGGGUGGGGUUAGGCAAGGUAAGUCGAUCUUACCCUAAAUCUUCAACCUUUAUAUAAAAGGCAUUAGUUUUGGAGUGUGUCUGAGAGUCGUCACUUAUGUGUCGUGUUUUAUAAUUAGCUUUCGUUAUUGAAACACGUUUUAUCUAGUCAUAGUAAGUAUUAAGGCAUUAAAUUAUGUCACAGCUCAAUUUAUAUGUGUGUAGGCUUACGCGCUACGACAUAUCAUCUCGUGAAGAUAAAAUGACAUACAUAAUGUCGACCAAUAGCACUGAAUCGGAGUUAGCUCUCUCUCUCUUUCGGAGCUAUGUUUACGCUUCACGAGAUAAUAAUUAUGUUGCUGACAAGUCGUUAAAGGAUUUAUUUAUUUAUGUCGUUAAAGGUAAUAAAGUACACUUGCAAGCAGUGUUUAAUGUAAUCUAUUUCUUAGUAAAUAAAUCAUGAAUUUAUCUUGGAGUAUUGCUAUUCUUUUUCUUUCACACCAUGAAAAAAUUAUUUAGAAGUCUGUGUUGCCAGUAUAUCAAUGUUAGGCUGUGACAUAAUUUAUAUUAUUUUUUAUGUAAAUUAAUAGUUUAAUUAAAAUUGUUAUAAAGACCAAUUUAUGAGAUAAUUUUAAAUGAAAAAUACUUUAGAGUUUAAUUCAUAAGGUACUUCUUCUUUGGUCUAAGUUUUUGAAACUGUUGCAAUUUUUAGUGAUGACAAGAUUCAGACUGCCAAUAAAUAAUAAAUGUCAGUAUCAAACAAAAUAAAACCAAACUACUAAAUAACCAUCUCAUCAAAAAAAUAUAUUUUCAUUAUUGAUUAAAUAUGUCAUUCAAUAUUAUUAAUAAAAUCUGAUUUUGUAUAUAUUUAUUGUCAUUCUGAAGCUUGCCAAUUUAUUCAAGUAAAUUAAAUUUGUAAUUUAUUAUGUUAAACUUAACUUCGGCUGAAUAUAGAAUAUUACAAUAUUUCAUGUUAAUGUGUAAUAUUCUAUUUAUUACAGCUUAUUUUAAUUAAACUUGUAAUAAAUAGUAUAGUAUAGAUAUUUUUACAUGAGUAUAAAAUACAAUUUGCACAAUUUGUAAUUUUUGCACAAAUUCAGCGCACUUAUUUAUAUUUGUAACGUUUACUUUUAUAGAUACCAGAUAUUUUGUUGCUUUUGCAUAAAAGGUUAUAAUGAAUUGUUUUUUUUAACGAUAACUUAUUGUUAAGCUGAUGUACAAUUUUGUCUUUUUUGUACAAUUGUGUACAAAAUUGCUUUACAACCAAAACACUAUUUUUAUUGACUACACUGAAUUGUGUCAUCUUAGGUUUUUGACAGUGACCAAUUAAGCUGUACCGUCACUUACCAUUAAGUGAGAUUGUAGUCUUGCAGCACGUGUCUUCAAAUAAUAAAGUUUAGACCAUAAUAUUACAAUAUGUAUGUAUGUAAUACACAUUACUAUAUCCAUAAUUUGUAUAAAAAUAAACAUUUCCACAUCAUUAAAAUGACCUUAUGCGGUGAAAAUUAUACUCGUAUUUAAAAAAUAAUUAUUAUAAACUUUACUCUUCAGAUAAUAUAAAUUAUGAAGUGUGUUAUACAUUCCACAUCUCGCUUGUGCUUUCUUUGUCUAUGACUAAUAUAAAUUAAAUAUUCCAUGUUUUUAAUUAUUAUAUCUACUUAAUAAAUGUUUCAUAUAAUAUUUAAAAUACUUAGUUGACGCAUUUAUACAUUCAAAAUAAGCGAUAGAAUAUAGAAUUUAUAUUCAUCUAUAUGACAUACUUAUUUUAUUUAAUUACUUUUACUCAGUGAGUAAGAAUAUAAUUGAAUAAAAUAAAUAUGAAUUAAUUUAUUUUUCAUUUUUAUUACUAAUCAAAAGGAAAAAAAAUAACAAUCAGUCUAUACUUCACAAUUAUCAGUUUUAACAUGAUGUAAAUAUUAAUUUAUUGGUUAUUAUCAAAGUAAUGAUGUAGGAUGUCAUGAAAUGUAAAAAAAAUCAACUAAACUAUUCUCACAAUUUUAUUUCCAUUAAUUUUGAAAGCAAAAUUACAUACUAUUAAAACUACCCAUCGUCAGGGUCGCCUAAUUUUAACAUUUUUAUUCUAAUAAAAGUAAACUGAGACAAAACAUAUAAUAUUAAGUAACAAACGGACCUACUGUAUUUAUUUUCUUACAACGUUUUUGUAAAGUAUACAUUACAUAAUUUUACAUAUAAAUAAGUAUAUAAAACGAUUGUAGGUUUUAAUUUUAUUUAAGUAAAAAGUAAAUUUGAAAAAAACUUUUAUGAAAUACUUACGCCUAAGUUAAAAAAAAAAUAUUUUUUGUAAACCUAUUACAAUAUUUUAUUAGCAUCAAUAGAUCUAGUUAUUUAUUUCAAAUUGUAAAAUUUUUCUAUCAAUUGUAAUUAAAUAAUAAUCUAUAACCCGCCUUUACUGACAUUAAGCUAACUAGAUAAUCGAUGGCAUUAUUUGUAAAAUAAUAUUUAAUAAAUAAAUUUUCUCAAAUAUUAAAAUUAAUAACUACAUCUAAUUUAUCACUGAAAGACUUUACCGUUUCGAUAUUUCAGAUUUUGUUUUUUUUUUUACAAAUGUUGCAGUUUUGAUCUCAUAUAGUCUCUUAGAGUCUUGAUCUAUUCUGAGAAUUUAGUUCGGCUUUGGGGUACAUACAUGGUGAGGUACAAUGUACAGACUAUGCGUUUCACCGGAUUCACCACGCUGCUUGUAAUGACUCGCUCUUUUUGAUCUAUACUCUGUGGUCUUAUAAAGAAAUAUUUGCCAGUACAUUGGACCACGUAAUCUCUUUAAUGAGAUUUACUACAAAACACCGUAUCUGAAGAUACAGUAUAAUGACAUAACACGGCAGCGUACUGUGCUAUAAGGAAGGCCAUUUAUUUAUUAACUAGUGAACAAUCAGACAAUGUAUUGUUAACUUUAAGAAUCCGAUAGUGCACUUAUAAAAUAGUUGAAACUGUGGCCCCAUCAUAGAACAUAGUUCUAGAAUCUAGAUGGUUCCAUAGGAUAUGUACUUUAGAUCCGUACGCUUUUAAUAUGCACACGCCCUAAUACUAUUUAACUAUUAUACAAAAUAUUGUAAGUGAUAAUAAUUAACGUGACCAUGAUAUUGACGGAAUUGUUAAUGUUAUUUCUAUUAGAUUAAUGUGAAUAUUAAAAUAUAGUCGGAUGAAAUUUUUAUGACGCCUCUGAAAUGAGCUGUGGAUGUCACAAUGCGCAGAUCAUUCACACAGCAAAGAUUUUCUACUAGGUAUUUGAUAUGUGGCCCAAGGCUGGAUUGGCGACCCCGCACUACAAAGCGCAGUGUUGGCCGACCCCCUGCCAGGUGGACUGACGACAUCAAGCGAGUCGCAGGGAUUCGCUGGAUGCAGGUGGCUCAGUAUCGUGAUAUUUGGAAGUCCCUACAAAAGGCCUAUGUCCUGCAGUGGACGUCCAUCGGCUGAUAUGAUGAUGAUUAUGAUUUGAUAUGUUACAUGCCUACAAAAUCACUGCAAAAAGUGAGCCGAAUUUACCUAGCUAUUCCACUGAGCUCACACAUGCCCAAUUUUGUGUUUAAUUACAUUAUACUUAUGUGUAUAUAGUAUUUACACUUUCUGAACACACAACUGAAAUUGUAGACAAUAUUUAGGUAUUAUUUGUAGUCGCGUUAUAAAUAACUUUCGUUAUUUAUAACGCGACUUCUUUAAAUUAGCCACUUUUGUUCGCCUCAGUUUCGAGUCGCUAGUGACAUAUCUAUAGUAUAAAAUCUUUGACAUAAAAGUCAAGACGUGAGUCGGCUGCGACUGUGGACUGCCGCUGGCCUUCGUUACCGGUGAUUUCAAAAAUAUUGCAUUGCACAUCCUAAUGUUCCGAAGAGUCACAAAGAUUGCAUCUGACUAUACCUGCUAGGUGUAAUUAAUUGUGAUUUAAUUAAUAUACCUAAAAACUUUCUAAUUCUGAGUCGUUUACCAAUCAUAUAUUCGAAACUACCAAAAUUCGCCGUAACAUGUGCUUUGUUUAGUUGAUAAUAAUCUUUUAAUUAAUACACUUUGUCUACCUAUGAGUACUUACGUACUUAGUUAAUAAUUCUGUUCACACAAAUUCGCACAAUUUAUUACUUUCCAUACAUUUUGUAUGAAUCUAGAUUGUAGACGUUUAACGUUUGGUAUUAGUUACAUAAAGCCGCGACCAGACAUGCGGGACGGGAAAUGCCGAGCCAAUUAUUAUUGUUCGUCAUACUUGAAUUAUUGUUGAUAUUUUCCUUCGUUUCACAGCAAGAAUUCUUGUAUACAACCUAUUCAUGGUCAUACCUUGAGCCUCAGUACAGCUUGUGCGGAUUAGUUUACACCUAGCUUGAAUGAUGUUCGUACUGUAUUUGUUUGGUAGCCAGGUGUCCAGUUAAUGCGCACGAAUUAUAUUUUAACUUGAGUCAAAUCCGUGGUUUAGUAUUUGGUCUGCGUCCGUUUGACUAUUGUCGUACCUACUCACUACUAACACAGUCUUUACGAGUACCUUUUAUUUUAUUUGGAUCACAAAACUGGUUACAAUCAUGUUACAAUAUUAAAUAUCAUACAUAAAUCGUAAUAAAUACGAUAGCACCUUCUUGGUGUGACCACAGCAUUCUUAUAAUAAAUUAUCAUGAACAGCACUUAAACGACAACACUACACGAGACAACAAUAUAAAUCAAAACAAAAAUCACUAAACUAAUCCUUAAUCACUAAGUAAACUUGAUGAGUUUUUUAAAAGAGGUACGAGUACCUAGUCGGCAAAGGGAAUAUUGCCCAUAUUUUAAAAAACAUAUCAUAAAUAUAUUUUUUUUAAUAUUCGGGAUAUAAUUUGUUAUACGAGGCCGAGUACUUGGCUCGAGUACGGUGAUUAAUCGGCAUUCGGCAAAUCCCGCAUAUCUGGCCGCGGCUUAACUUUUUAUCACUGUUAUUGAUAUGGACCAAGAUCUAUGAUCUAGACCUGUUUGUUUGUCUAUUAGCAUUGCUUGAAUUGUUUGAAAAGUAGGUCUUUGCCUCUGUGAUAGAGAAUUCGAUCUCGAACCAAUACAAUCUAAUAUUCAGCAAUUUAAAAGGUGCCAGACAAUAUUUUUUGCUAUAAAAAAUAAUUGGUUUUUGACUUUAAACAUGUUAAUUUGAUUUUGUGAAAUUUUCACUCACAUCUUAAAGUCUAGCUACUUGUGAAUUACCAAAGUAUAUUUCAAAACUUAUUGUUUUGCUAAAAUGCAUUAUUUGUGCAAUUUUAUCACGAAAAUAGAGUAAGGAUCCAAUUCUUUAGCCUCGAGGGAGGGCCUUGGUUUUAUGCGGUCUAGUUUAUUUUAAUAAUUAUUUAUUUAUUUGCAUUAAAACGUAGAUUAAGUUAAAUUUUUCAUUUCAAAUAAAGGAUUCUAAGCACUGUACUUUUUGUAAAUAUUUUUUUGCUUGAUAUUUAUAAUGUUCGUAAAUUUUGACUGUACUAAGAAGAGUAUUCAUUGUUAUAGAUUCCAGCUAAAUUAAAACUAAAUGCUAUUAAA